AGGGGUGAACCAUGGACAGUCAGGCUGGGGAAGAAAGUGCUAGAAAUGAGGUGGAGCUCUAUCUGACUUGCUGCAGCUUCUAAUGCACCUUGUGAGAAGCUCACAGUGUGCAGUGACAUUAGAGGAGGGGAGGAGCCCCUACACCUGUGCAAGACCGAAGGGGAGGAGCCAGUACACCUGUGGAAGACUGAAAGGGAGGAGCCAGUACACCUGUGGAAUACUGAAGAAGAGGAGCCUGUACACCUGUGCAAGACCCAAAGGGGAGGAGCCAGUACACCUGUGGAAGACUGAAGGGGAGGAGCCAGUACACCUGUGGAAGACUAAAGGGGAGGGGCCUGUACACCUGUGCAAGACGGAAGGGGAGGAGCCAGUAUACCUGUAGAAGACUGAAAGGGAGGAGCCGCUACACCUGUGCAAGACUGAAGGGGAGGAGCCUGUACACCUGUGCAAGACUGAAGGGGAGGAGCCGCUACACCUGUGCAAGACUGAAGGGGAGGAGACAGUACACCUGUGCAAGAUU